UAUAUACUUGUACGUCGCAGCUCGUCGGGAGAGUCGGGAGACGCGCCCUCGUUCGACCUUGAGCGACUAUAACCGGUGCGUAACGUUCGAUGUAUACGGAGCAUCGUCGCUGCCGCUGACUGCUGAUCGCGACAACCAAACCAGCCGCUCCGACCGCGAGCCACCGCAGCUCCAACCGCCGCAACCAAGCUCGUGCCCCCGUGCUCCUUUUACUCUGUUUACUUCCUCCGCUCCGCCGCGGCGCCUACUCCUCGACGCGGGCCAGCCUCGGCGACGAAAUGGCGAAGAAAACCUACGAUCUCCUGUUCAAGCUGCUCCUCAUCGGUGACUCCGGCGUCGGCAAGACCUGCAUACUCUUCCGUUUCUCGGACGAUGCCUUUUCCACCACGUUCAUUUCCACGAUAGGUAUCGAUUUUAAAAUCAAGACAGUGGAAUUAAGAGGAAAGAAAAUCAAACUACAGAUAUGGGACACAGCUGGGCAAGAGAGAUUCCACACUAUUACCACGUCAUAUUACAGAGGGGCUAUGGGGAUUAUGCUUGUGUACGAUAUCACUAAUGAAAAGACGUUUGAAAAUAUUGUCAAGUGGUUGAGGAAUAUCGAUGAACAUGCAAAUGAAGAUGUGGAGAAAAUGAUAUUAGGAAAUAAGAGUGAUAUGGAAGAAAAACGCGUUGUCAGUACAGAAAAGGGAGAAGCGAUAGCGAGAGAACAUGGCAUUAGAUUUAUGGAAACGUCGGCGAAGGCGAAUAUUAAUAUCGAUCGAGCAUUUAGCGAACUAGCGGAAGCAAUAUUGGACAAGACUCACGGCAAGGAACCACAAGACGCGCCCGACAGAGUGACGGUCGAUCGAAGGGUAGAGAGAAGUUCGAAUCGGUGCUGCUAAUUUUAUAUAUUAUUUAUUUUAAUGGCGCAUAACGAACUAUAUAUCAGCUCGUGCCACUUGGGAUAGAUCCCUCGAUAUAGAUUUAGAGCGUAACUUAAAAAGCAUAAUAACAGAAACACUUCACGACACUGCCUGAUCAGGUAUAAUCCAAUCUCACCUUUGAUCUGAUAAAAAUACAAUUUUUUUUAUGCUGCAAUCGAAACAUAUAUUGCUAACAAAAAAUUGUUAGCUGAUCCAAUAAUUUAAAAAGUUAGGUUUUUUAAUUAUACCUAUAUAAAUGUCAAUAGGUAUAAAAUUACGCGCGCAGUUUUAUGGAUAUAUGUAACUGUACCUAUAACUGUACGUGUGAUAUAUAAACAAAAUUUCUUUACGGAAGUUUGUGUGGAUGGUAAGAGAAACACAGAUUUCACUGGUGAAAUCCUUCAUGCUUCAUGUAAAACAUUGCAUCGUUGCACGGACAAAAAAGUUGUUUGUUACGAGGCUGCAAUUUGUUACCAAGUUGAGUGGUGUGAGUAUGAGUGUGUCGGCUUUUCAAUCUUGAUAAUCUUUUUGGACAUUGGACGCUUUCCUACGUGAAUAAUCGCACCACACAUGCUUAUUUGUAUAUUAAGUUAGGGAGAAUUUAAAACCAAAAGCUUCUACCGUUUUGUGUACGGCCGAUUUACUAUAAAUAUAAAUAUUCGCAAUUUCGAA